CACCACACCUCACCGGAGAAGAAGGAGUUCGUCCGUCCUUGUUCAAAAAAGAAGUAGUUCCGUCUCUGUUCAAGGGCGAUGGGCUCCCGGUACGAGGUGGAGGUGACCGUCGCCUCCGCCCGGGACCUCAAGAACGUCAACUGGCGCAACGGCGACCUGAAGCCGUACGCGGUGCUCUGGGUCGACUCCGGCGCCGCCAGGGUGUCCACCCGCGUCGACCUCGACAACGGCGAGUGCCCGUCCUGGGACGAGAAGGUGCUCGUCCCGCUCCCGCCCUCCAGCCGCGUCCAGGACGCCGUCCUCUACGUCGACGUCGUCCACGCCAACGCCGCCGAGGGCGUCAAGCCGCUCGUCGGCUCCGCGCGCCUCCCGCUCCGCGACGUCGUCGACGACGCCGGCGUCGGGGGCAAGGCGUCCAGGAACCUGCGCCUGAAGCGGCCCUCGGGGAGGCCGCAAGGGAGGCUCGACGUCCGCGUCACCGUCAGGGAGCCGUCCAGGUACUACGAUGGUAACCAGGCUGGCUACCCGGCCCCGGCGGGUUACCCCCAGCCUGGCGGCGCCUACGGAUCCUCCCGCGACAUGUACGGCAGCGCCGCAGCCGGUGGAUACGGUGCCGGAGCUGGAGGCUACGGGGCCGCGUACGCCGCGGCGCCUCCUGCAGGGUACCCGGCGUACGGCGCCGCACAGCCGCCUCAGGCAGCGUACGGCUCUGCACCGGCUUACGGCGCCGCACCGCCGGUUCAGGCAGGGUAUGGAUCGGCUCAGCCGGCGUACGGCGCGAGCACGACGACAGCAUACGUUGAGCCAGCAAAGAAGAAGGGCAUGGGCAUGGGCGCCGGUCUGGCGGUGGGCGCGGCGGCGGGCGUGCUGGGCGGGCUGGCGCUGGCGGGCGGGGCAAGCUACCUGGAGGACAAGUUCGAGGAUCACGUGGCCGAGAGGGUCGAGGAGGACCAGUACGGCGGCGGCGGUGGAUACGACGACUACGGCGGCGACGAUGACUACUAGCCGUAGCCGUAGCUGAGGCCGAGAAAAUUCUGAAGAAGCUUCCUAUUCCGAAAGUGCGUCCACGUUCCAUCCAAGUCGUCUCGUUGCGUUCACCUGUUCGUGGCUGUGAAGAUCGAUUUUGUUUUGUUUUCUGUCCUUUUUCAGUUCGGCGUAAUGAAUUGAUGAUGAGUAUGAUCGUUCGAAGAAUUGAUACAUCUUGUGUGUCGAGUGACCGGUUCCAAAUUCAACUCUGUUCUGAUUAUAUGGGAUCAUGACAUACAAAUGAGGUUAUUGUCUGUUCACUA